GCUAAAAGCUGAAUUUCUCCUUCAUUACACACAGAAACAGAGGAACAAGAGAGGAGACGUCGACAAUUUUUGUUUUUUUUUGUUUUUCAUCAUCGUCUUCUUUCCUGCUUGUUGUAAUGGUGGAGGUCAAAGAUCAAGACAUGGGAGAAGGGAUGCAAUGCAUAACACAUCCUUACACAAAGAACCCAGGUGGGAUCUGUGCAUUAUGUCUCCAGGAGAAGCUCGGUAAGCUCGUCACUUCUUCUUUCCCUCUCCCUAAACCCAACCUCCUCUCUUCUUCCUCUCCUCCUAAAUCCUUCGCUCCUUCUUCCACCUCUUCUCUCGCUCUCUCUCUCUCAUCCGGAAGCAACGCAAGGGACAACAAUCUCCCUUUUCUGCUCGCUAAGAAGAAGAAGAAUAUGCUCGCAGCUUCUUCUUCCUCUUCUUCUUCCACCUCUUCCUCUUCUUCUUCUUCUGCUAAUCUUAUCUACAAGAGAAGCAAAUCGACGGCUGCUUCUUACGGCGAGAGUUUCGGCCAGAGGAAACGAGCUGGCUUCUGGUCUUUUCUUCAUCUCUACUCUUCCAAACGCCAAAUCGCUACCACCACCAAAAAAGUCGACAACUUUAGCCAUUCCUCGAGGCCAAGAAACCAGAUCGAAACAGAGACAACAGAGGCAUCGAAGAGAGUCGGUGGUGGAGGCAUUGAUGUGAUUGUGGAGGAAGAAGAUGAGAGUCCUGAUAACAAAGUUGUCGCGGAAACGCCAACAAACGGUGUUGGUAGUGGUGGUGGUUCGUCUUUUGGGAGGAGAGUGUUGAGAUCUAGAUCUGUUGGUUGUGGAAGCAGAAGCUUCUCCGGCGAUUUCUUCGAGAGGAUCUCUAAUGGGUUUGGAGAUUGUGCCUUGAGAAGGAUUGAGUCACAGAGAGAAUCCACAAAGGUCAUUAGUAAUGGUGGUGGUGAAGCAGCUGCGAUGAGUGAAAUGGUGAAAUGUGGUGGCAUCUUUGGUGGGUUUAUGAUUAUGACAUCAUCAUCAUCAUCAUCAACAACAUCUUCAUCAUCAACGGUUGAUCAUCAUCAUCAUCAUCAACAUCAUAAGAUGGGGAAUAGAAGUUGGGGAUGGGCUUUUGCAAGUCCAAUGAGAGCCAAGACUACUCAUAGAGGUCGUACUAUUACAGAGUCUACAACAACUGAAAAGAACACAUCUCCAAAUUUGGACUCAAUUCCUUCGUUGGUUGCUUUGAGAAGCUAAAGAGAUGUUGUUAAUCUCUAGAUCACAUUUCAUUCAUGUGUUUAGUUAGGCUGUUCUUUUGUUUGUUUGAACAUUGGUUUGAUCUUUUGAUUUCAACUACCAUUGUAAUGUUA